CCCUAGCGGGGGCAAGGCUGCUCGCGCUCGGCGGGGCCGGUGCGUGGGGCAGCAGGCAAGCUCCAGCUCGAGCUGCCAGCCCCGGGCCCGCCGGUGCCAUGGACGGCCUGCGCCAGCGCUUCGAGCGCUUUCUGGAACAGAAGAACUUUGUCACCGAAGCGCUCGGAGCGCUCGAAGCCAAGAUCGGUGUCGAGAAGCGGUAUCUGGCCGCGGGAGUCGUCAUUCUGCUAAGCUUGUACCUUCUGUUCGGCUACGGGGCAUCUCUACUGUGCAAUCUGAUCGGAUUUGUAUACCCCGCAUAUGCUUCAGUCAAAGCCAUCGAGAGCCCAAGCAGAGACGACGAUACCGUGUGGCUCACCUACUGGGUGGUGUACGCUGUGUUCGGACUGAUGGAGUUUUUCAGCGACCUACUCCUGUUUUGGUUCCCUUUCUACUACGCGGGCAAGUGCGCCUUCCUGUUGUUCUGCAUGACGCCGGGGCCCUGGAACGGGGCUCUAGUCCUGUAUCAUCGCGUGGUGCGUCCAGUGUUCCUAAAACACCACGCGGCCGUGGACAGCGCCGUGAGCCAACUCAGCGGCCGAGUCCUGGACGCGGCAGGCGGAAUAGCCAGGGACGCCCCCCAGCAAGCUGCCCAGCGGCCCCCGCAACACAGCCUCCAAGGGCAGCUUCCCGCAGCAGAAGGAGGCCGCCACCAGCACCUYGGGACCCAGGUCGCCCGUCCCCUCCCACUCCGAGUCCUCGCUGGAGUUGGAGUGCUCCUCGGAGUCCACCACUGAGAUCACCUACAGCUGGCCACACUGCCGACACCAGCUGCCCUGCCGCCGGCCCUGCUGGCUCCUGAAACACCUGGCCUACUAGGCACCAGCUGGACGUGCCCAAUAAAG